UCAGAUUUACACUAAAUGAUCAAGUGUUGUCAUAUACAGUGUGCCUAAUAUCAAAUGUUGAAAUUCAGUUCCAACGAAUCGAAGAAGUUAGAGCAUUGAGAGAGAAGUGAAUGAGACGCAUAUUUGGUAUAAGAACUAAUUUGGUUCUUAUUAUCAACUGUUUUUCAAAUUUAAAACUUCAACGGAUAUCUACUUCGUCAAGCUCCACAAAACAACCCAUAAAUGAUGUUGCAUUACUCAUUGUUUCUGAUGAGUUACAGAGAUGUACUAGCCUAACCACUCUUAGGAAACUCCAUGCGAAAAUCUUUGCUUAUGGGCUGUACGACACCAGUUUAUGGACUAAAAUUGCUGUUUUGUAUGUUUCGUUUGAAAGGGUCGAUGCUGCAAGGUGUGCUUUUGAGAUUGUGAGUAACCCAAGCAGUUACUUAUGGAAUAUAUUGAUAAGGGGUUAUGCCACUCAUGGUCUCUUUGGCCAAAGUUUGGGACUUUAUUGGGAGAUGAUGCAAAAGGGUCUAAAACCUGACAAGUAUACUUUCCCUUUUGCUCUGAAGUGUUGUGCUGGAUUGUCUGAUUUGAAUGUGGGUAAGUUGGUUCAUCAGCAUUUGGUGUGCUGUGGAUGCAGUCAUGAUGUUUUUGUUAGUGCGGCUUUGCUUGAUAUGUAUGCAAAAUGUGGCCACACUGAAGCUGCACGCUUGCUGUUUGACAAAAUGUCCAUGAGAGAUGUGGUUUCUUGGACUUCGAUGAUUUCUGGCUAUGCCCACAACGGUUGUAACAGCGAGACAAUGGUGUUCUUCGAUUUGAUGCGUGCUUCGGGUGUUCGAUCCAACCGGGUAAGUAUUUUGAGUGUUCUUUUAGCUUGUGGCAAUCUAGGAGCUUUGAGAAAAGGUGAAUGGCUUCAUAGUUAUGUGAUCCAAACUGGGUUUGAGUAUGAUAUUCUUGUUGCAACUGCUAUUAUGGAUAUGUACACCAAGUGCGGGAGUUUGGAUUUGGCUCGCAGGUUGUUUGAUGACACACCAGGAAAAGAUGUCGUUUGUUGGAGUGCUAUGAUUGCGAGUUAUGGGAUUCAUGGGCAGGGAAGGAAGUCACUGGACCUUUUCAAUGACAUGUUAAGAGCAAAGGUGAAACCAAAUCAUGUGACGUUCACCUGUAUUCUCUCAGCUUGCAGCCACUCAGGAUUAUUAGAAGAAGGCAAGAAAUGUUUCGAGUCAAUGGCAAAGGAUUUCUCAAUUCCACCGCAGCUCAACAAUUACGCUUGCAUGGUUGAUCUUCUCAGCCGUUCAGGGCAACUAUCUGAAGCAGAGAAACUGAUAGAGAACAUGCCAGUAGAGGCUGAUGCAAGCAUAUGGGGUUCUUUGCUUGGCGCAUGCCGAAUUUAUGGUGAUCUAGAUUUAGCAGAACGGAUUGCAGACCGCAUAUUUGAACUCGAUCCCUUUCAUGCCGGUUAUCAUGUUCUGCUCUCCAACAUCUACGCUACAAAAUCAAGAUGGAAAGAGGUUGAAAGAGUAAGAAAGAUGAUGGUUCGAAGAGGAACCAACAAAGUUCAAGGCUUUAGUUUGAUUGAGUUUAACAAUGUUGUUCAUAAGUUUGGGGUGAGAGACAGGUCUCAUCCUCAGUCACAUAAAAUCUAUGAUCUUCUUGAGGAACUAUCUGCUCCAAUGAAGCGCCUGGGGUAUGUACCAUUGACAGACUUUGUGCUUCAUGAUAUUGAAGAGGAAGCAAAAGAGGAAGCUCUUCUUUACCAUAGUGAAAAACUAGCCAUUGCUUUUGGCCUCAUCAACACUCGUCCAGGUACGCCAAUUCGUGUGACUAAAAAUCUGAGGAUAUGUGGGGACUGCCAUAAUGCCAUUAAGAUCAUCUCAACAAUUGUUAAUAGGAUCAUCAUUGUAAGAGACAUGCAUAGGUUUCACCAUUUUGAGAAUGGUCACUGCUCUUGUGGUGACUACUGGUAACCAUAUACUUGUGUGCCUCUUGAUGGGUUAGUUUAAGAUCUGGUCCCAGUCCAAGUAUCAGAGUAUGAUAAAAUAAAAUCCCAUUCCAAAUUCGUUUAUCUCUGUAACUCAUCUAACUUGUUUUCUAUACAAAUUAGGGUUUAUUUCAA